AUAUAUGGCAGCUUAAAGCAAAACCAUGUCAACUCUCAGAAAGAAUAUCGGAGUGGAAAAUGGGAGAAGAAAACAAGGUAACUGUACAUGGAAUGUGGCUUAGUCCUUAUGUGAAGAGAGUAGAACUAGCUCUCAAAGUCAAAGGCAUACCUUUUGAGUAUGUAGAAGAAGAUCUAAGCAACAAAAGUCCAUUGCUCCUCAAAUACAAUCCAGUUCAUAAGAAAGUCCCUGUUCUUGUUCACAACGAAAAACCAGUAAACGAGUCCCUUGUCAUUCUUGAAUACAUCGAUGAAACAUGGAAGAAUGGACCUCGACUCUUGCCAGAGGAUCCUUAUGAAAGAUCCAAAGUCCGAUUCUGGGCUGCUUAUAUCCAACAUGUGAUGGAGUGCAUGCUUAAGAUAUUCAAAGCAGAAGAUCAAGAAAAAGCCUGUGAGGAAUUCUAUCAGAAACUAGGCGUGCUUGAAGAUGGAAUGAAGAAUAUGUUUCCAGAGGGCAGUCCUGUGAAAAGCAGGAACAUAGGGCUCCUAGAUAUCUUGAUUGUCGUUGCAUUUGGCGCGUGUAAAGCACAGGAGGAAGUGUUCGGAGUGAAGUUUUUGGACCCAAAUAAUACUCCCCUGAUAACCUCAUGGCUCAAUAGCCUACUUGAAUUGCCCGUGGUUAAAGAAAGUGUUCCCCCUCAUGACAAGGUGGUUUCAUUUCUUCGAUUUUUCAAAGAAAGCAGCUCUAAUGCUCAGGCUUAGAGCUUUAAAUGUGUUCUGUUUUCGUUUGCUCCUACUUUAUUUGUACUGGUGCUGGUCUUCUUUGUAAUAAGGCUUAUGGCCAUAAGAAUUCAAUAUGCUGCUAUCAUUUGGUUGAAAUAUAGAGUAAAUUGCCCCAAAGCACUUCUGCUGCC